GUCCGCUCUAGGGAGGGUUUUGAGUUUCGGGGAUCGUUGAUUUUGCAGGAAUUUCGUACUUAUUAUUUUUUCCAUCAUUUUCUCGCGUUUUCUCAGCAACCAAACGGGGGUGAGGGGAGCAAUAAUGCUGUCGUUCAUUAGUGGGAGUAUCCGCUUGGGUCAAAGACAAGGUUUCUGCAGAUGGAACAGUGCACAUUUCAAAGCCUCUACCAGAGCUUUUCUGCCUACUCAAAGUAGCAACAGCCUAAUCCAUGGAACCAACGAUUCAAUCAAAUCUUCCGAGAAUAAUCUCCUGCAACUUCUAGGAACAAGAUUUGGAUCCCAAACAAAAGAAUUGAUGUUUCCCAGCAGCUCUGGUGGAUGUUUGAUUCCAAGUUUGUCUCCAUUGGCUGCAAUGAUGUCUUCAUCUUCAAGCAGAUAUAUGACAACAGCUGCCUCACCUACAAUGGAUUCUUCUGAAUCUGUCACUGAUGUGCCUACUCGAAUUAAAUUUAAGAGGCUUGAUAAAACUGCCAGGCACAUAAUGCAGAUUGUGGAUAAGGAAGCAGUGGAGGAAGUAAAGGGGCAAAGGGAGAUACCUGAAAUAAAGCCCGGCUACAUUGUGCAACUCAAAGUGGAAGUACCUGAAAACAAGCGACGUGUUUCAACCAUAAAAGGUAUCGUUAUAGCUAGACGUAAUGCUGGCCUGAAUACUACGUUCCGGAUAAGGAGAAUGGUUGCCGGAGUUGGGGUUGAAUCUCUCUUCCCACUGUAUUCCCCUAACAUAAAGGAGAUAAAGGUGCUGGACAAGAAAAAAGUGAGAAGAGCCAAGCUUUACUAUCUCAGGAACAAGAUGAAUGCUCUUAGAUAAUCUUUAAAUAAGAAAUCAAACAUGGCUUCAAAUUGAAUUUUUGGCUGAGAAAUCGCUCUAAUUAUCUUGUUUUCUUCUAAUAUUUUGUCUUUUUUUUUAGUUCUAUUAAACAAAAACUCUGAAUCUAUCCUUGUUGCAGCUGAAAACAUAGCAAGCUCAAGCUGGUAAAGCAUACAUUUAUGCUUAUAACUAUGAACUCUUCUUGGUCUGCGUUUUAUUCUUUUGAUAACAAGGGUGUUAAAAAGAAA